AUGCUUGACGUGCUUGAAAGUGAAGACAGAGCAUCAAAAGCCAUCUGGAAUGUUGCAACAAAUGGAGAUCCCAGUAUAGAGGUGGGAUAUGAUAACGAUGGAUUUUGUCACCAAACUUCCAAGGACGGUAAAGGGACACGACACCCUAUGGGGGUCGUAAGAUUUGGGAAGAAGGGUAAGCUAAGUCCAAGGUAUAUCGGACCAUUUGAGAUAACUGCAAGAGUAGGAGCAGUUACUUAUCGGUUGAAACUGCCAAAGGAGUUAGGUGGUAUUCACGAUACCUUUCAUCUGUCGAACUUGAGGAAAUGUUUAGCUGCCGAAUCAACUGUUGUGGAUUUUGAAGACAUCGAGGUUAACGACAAACUCGCUUAUGUGGAAGAGCCAGUUGAUAUAUUGGAUAAAAAGACGAAAAUACUAAGAAACAAAAGUAUACCACUAGUAUUAGUUAAGUGGAAAUUCCAUAAAGGCGCAGAGAUGACAUGGGAAACGGAAGAAGAGAUGAAAGCUAAAUAUCCUCAAUUAUUUUAG